AGUAUUAUAACUUUGUGUUGUGGUAACAGUAUGACGGUUUUAAUUUAAGAAAAAUCUCUUAUUAAUAGUCAUCAAUAUCUAAUAUCUUUUUCUCCUCAUGGUUUAUAAGUGCUAACCAAAUGGAAGAACAACUAAAAGUUCCUGUAUUUAUGAGAAGAAGUAAAAAAAAAACGAAGAAUCGUAGACACUGGUAUUUAGUAAAAAAAACUAUUACACAAUAUCUCAAAACUACGCCUAGGUUACAAAUUAUUUUCACUAACGAUAAAUAUGUCAAAGCAUUUUCAGAUGAAUGUCAUUGUAAUAUGUUGCCAUCUACUUGCUAUUUAUUACAGAUUGAAUGUGAUUUUCCGUUAGGCAAUUUAGAAAAGGAAAAUAUUCUUAUGAGUCUUGUUUUUCCUAUGAUAUCUAAAUUGAAAAUAGAAACAUAUACCUUCAUUUUAAAAGGUGGAUUGUUUUGCCAAGAGAUACGUUUUAAUUGUAGUCCUAACGUAGGAGAGGUGAAAUAUUUUAAAGCUAAAAUAGAACCUUACUUCAUAAACGAUAGUCCUAUGCAAAAAUGUAUGAUUGUAUUCUGCAGGGAUUUUAGUAUUUAUUAUGUAUUAGAAUUAUUUCAAGCUUUGAGUAGUUGGUUUCCAGAAAAUGAGAUUCCUGUUUGGGGAGGGUUCAUAGAUAUGCUCACUGUUUGCCAAUGUUGUUUUAAUACAAAUUUUUGUAAAAUUGAAGCGGAGAUGGUACUUAUGUUUAUAAGUAGUCCAGAUAUGAAAGUUUGGACUUUAACUUUAGAUGAAACAUGUAAAAGUAAGAUAACUAUAAUAAAUAAAUUAACAACAUUUAAAAAGGAAGUAGAGUUAAAGUUACAUUCUGUAGCAUUAAUGUAUGUUUCUUCGAGACGUAUUGAAAAUCUUUAUAUGUUGGAGACAAACUCAUUCAAAGAAAUAUUUCCAAAUACAAUUUUAUUUCCAAUUUAUGGCGAGACUUCAUUUGGAGGAAAAAAUUGGUUAGAAAUAAGCGAAAUAAUACCAGACGAUUUUUCAGUAAUGGAAGGUUGCAAUACAACUAUCAUGAUACUCACAUAUAAUUAGAUUACAAACGCAUACAUCCUAGACUUCAUAUUUUUAUUUUAUUUUAUCAUUGUUUUAUUUUAUCUUCAUAUAUCUUCUCACAUACAUACCAUAUUGAUACGAGGUUUAUAUUAAACUAACAAUAUUAAGUAAAAA